CUCGAACUCGGCAUAUCAUCGUGUACGUAUCUACGCUAACAGAAUGGCAACACACUACUUAACCUGAUUUAGUACGACACUAGCACUUGUUUAUUUAUUAUUACACGCUGAUGCAAAUUGUCACAUUUUAGACGACUUGUCAAUUAUUAAGAUGAUUUUUCUUUAAUAUUUGCACCUUUCAAAUUAAAGCACCGUAGUUUCUUGCACACAACAGAAGAACAACUAACAAGAUGCAAGCGUAUCCGACGUCAAUAUCGAGUUUAUACAUUUGGUGGAUAUAUUUCGUUGUAACGGUGUCGGCGUUCGCCGUGCCUAGAACAAAGGACUACAAGUCCGGUGAAGUGGUACUGAACAAGCACGCGAUCGAGGAUGAGCCCACUUGCAACGAGCUUAAAGAGAUGUGGCGGUUUUCGAAAAGACAGUCCCGUGCGGCCGAGAUCACUAACGAAAUCCCGAUGGCCAGAGACCCAUUUUCGGACAACAUCUGGGAACCAUACUACGCCACCUCCAGAAGCAUCGGGGGGAUGAGAUUGGGACGUUACAGAUCACGACCGGUUUACGGACGCGUCGUCCACAAGGUGCCCUAUCUACGCAUCCAGGACGUGGGCGAGAGGAACAAGGCGUUCGGCGAAGUGGCCCGAUUAUAUGGUACAGUCCAGAGACCUAAUGAGCCGCGCAGAAGAUACACAACCUUCAGGGUAUCGGGCGGAAGUCAUCUGCCGCAGCUCGGUUUUCCGCCGCAAAGCGGCAGCUUUCAACAUCUAAAGGAACUGAUUAAGACCGAGAGGGCGAGGGAAUUGCAGGAACAAAGGAGGGCGGAAGAAGCUGCAGCCAAGGCGGCCGCCAUCAAAUUAAUUGAAUCUGACAAUCAUAGAAAUCAAAAGGCUUACCACGACAUGAAUUUGAAGUAUGACUUGGAGGAUUUGGAAAACGAUAGGAGCGGCUAUAUGGCCACACACGGCGACAGAGGACUCAUCGGCUUUCCAGACACUCUCGCCCCGGCAUCUAGGAAUACCAGAUAUGUGCAAGACUACGCCUUCUCCAGGCCCAGACCCAGGACAUUACAUUUUUUUGAUCCGAGCUCUUACAACACUGGAUUCAAUGGUUAUCUAGUUUAAAAGGCCCAAACGAUUUGAGUGAAUAAGUCCAUCAUUCAAUGACAAAUUAAUGUUUUAUCCACAGUAAACAUAUGAUGCAUUCGCUUGUCUCUGCUUUAUAACCACAUGGAGUGCACAUUAUACAAACUAUAGUUUUGUUAGUUUUAGGUGUAUAACAAUUAAAUAUGUACUAUAUACUAAAAAAAGUAUAUUUAAAGAGUAUGUUGUUAUUUAUCUUAAUAUUGAAUGUAUGUUACAUAGACUUUAGUCACGGGACUGAUUUAACAGACUUUUACCACCAAGGCCAAAGUUUCAUUUGGAUGGUAUUUUGACUAUUAUGCGAAAACAGAUCACAAUCUUUGGAGGCUGGUAUGAUCUAAAAUUUGCAAAUCCCAGCCUUAGGUUUUCCAUGAUCUUAAACAUGAGAUUUUUCUCUGUACAAAAUCCUUCAAGUUUUUAACCAAUAUCAGCCUAUAUCCACAAAAAGAAACAAACUCCCAAAAACUUGACUUUUUGUAAAUUGAAAAGUUGCUAGUCAUGAUUUGAGCCCUUCUUUAACGAGUGGAAAAUGUAAGGCGUCCAAGUCUUCACAUCAGAAGGCAAUAUCAACAUCUACAUAUCCAAAAUAAUCAUAUUUGAUGAGCUAAUCAAAAUUACCUACAAUUUUUACUAAAGUAGAUAAAAUAGAAAAUGAUAUUUUUGAUAGAGUUAACAUCAAAAUAACAUCCGGUAUUUUAAAUGGCCUAGUAGUACAUCCCUGUUAAUAUUAAAUAUAACAUGUCUUCCUAAUAAUAUAUGUAUCAAUAUAAUUAAGAAAAACAGAACAAUAAAUUGGAACUGCAAGAACUGCUCUUGUCUUCAAAGAAUUCAGGUAAAGAUGGGAACCCAAAUAUAUUUUAAUAUAACCGUAGAUGUUCUGGCAAUUAAGGCAUUUGCAACCCUUCCACAAAUUCGGUUACACAUACAUUAAUUUGACGCAAUGUUUGACUUACAUGCCAAAAUAUCUUUUUCAAAUUAGUGCUUUAGUCUCAGAUUCCUUAUAUUAAAGUACAAACACUGGUCAGGAGUAUUACAAACACAAAACUGUAAAAAAUAAUAUGAUAUAAAAUAUCCUGGAAAUGUGAAUGUUAUGAUUGUGAUGAAGUUGACAAUAACGCAAGUUUUUUCUUGGUCUUAGUUGUAGAAACAAUUGUUUAAGAAGAUAUAGAUGACAAACGAAGGGAUUGUGGUAGUUCCUUCUGUUUUUCGAUCUACCCCUUUAUUAUUGUAAGAUCAAAAUUGAAAUCUAAAUCUUUACCCUCAGGCUGGAAUUUUUUACAAACCAUCUUACAAUAAUAACCUUUAUUGAUAGGGAUAAAUUAGAUAUUAUGUCUACCGUAUUCCGAACCGUUUCUCGCCAAAGAAAGCUUUUACAAAACCAUUUGUUUGUUGCUUUAUCAAGUAAACUAAAUUUACAACUCAUUGUUUUCACUUUGGUGUCAAUUUAAACUUUGGAAAUCAAUUUCACUCUUUUGGUACUCAAAAUUCAUGGUAGAUGUAACCUGUUAUUGUAGAAUGGUGGUAGUUUAUAGUUUUAGACAGGGAUACUUAUGCGAACUGACAAUAAGAUUUAGUCAAUUUUCAAAGUUAAGUUUAAAAAAUUUCUCAUAUUGUAAUAGUACUGUAAGACAAAAAUCAAUUUAACACCUUUGGCCUUCUCCAAUAAGUCAAUAAAUUUUAUAUCGCCUAUACCAUUUUGUGAAACCUAAGACUUUAAUAUCUUCCCCUACAUUAUAGACUAGACAAAAUUAUACAUAUUUUCAUAGAAGGUACAGUAUGAGAAGUUUUUAUUGGUGCUUAUAAAUAUAUAAAAUUAUACGUAUAUAGUUAGUUAAAUUCCAGCCAAAAGCUUUCGUAUUAUAUAAAAAUUUGGCGCUUAGAAAUAAGUACGUGGUGUAUUUUUAAUAGGUAAUUUUGUGAAAAAAAAUAAUACAAAGUUGCAUGAGUCUAUGUAUUAUCUCAGCUGUGUUAAUUGUUCUUAACAUAUUUCUAUUAGCUGUAAAGAUCGAUUGUGUAACUCUGUGAUGUAUAUGAAAUUCUGACAAUAUUUUUAGGUACAUCACUUUUUGUGGAUACUUAUUAAAAUUCGUGUCGAAUAGAUUUGGAUUUAGCAAUCAGUGUAAAAAACAAUUUUCUACAGUCUUGCAAUUCUGACUGGAAAAAUUGUCCUGGGAUUUGGAUAUUAAAGAACGUCGAUGGGAUUUUUCUUUGAAAAAACUAUGCUAUAGUUAAAUACCUGCCUGUGACAAUUAAAGGACUAUACAAUACGAUAAGAGGUUCAUAUCAUUUUAAAAAAUUCGACUGAUGCUAUAAAAUAUGUUUAGGUAUUUUGCUAUUUCCAAAUCACCUUGACAUGAGACUGCAAAAUUAUUUUAUAUGUAAUUUAUAUGUAUCAGAACAGAAUAAACUAUAUUAGCAAGCAUCCAA